AAGAUCAUCGCCCGCAGCGUGCCCGCCACCAUCCUCUACGAAGACGACAAGUGCCUGGUCUUCCGCGAUGUGGCCCCCCAAGCCCCCGUCCACUUCUUGGUGAUCCCCAAGCGCCCCAUCCCCCGGAUCAGCCGCGUGGGUCCCCAGGACACCGAGCUCCUGGGGCACUUGCUGGUGGUGGCAGCACGGACGGCGCAGGCAGAGGGGCUGGCUGACGGCUACCGCCUCGUGAUCAACGACGGGAAACAUGGCGCCCAGUCCGUCUACCAUCUGCACCUCCACGUGCUGGGGGGGCGGCAGCUGGGUUGGCCCCCUGGCUGA